AUGAGAAGAGGUCAAGUAAGUCGGCCUUACUUGAAAUGCAAACUAAAAUUCAAUUGGCAUACUGAGAGACAGAUGUCAGCGGAAUUUUUAGUUUCUUUGGCAAAUUUUCUUAUUGAGCACGGUUUCAAACGACGCACAAAGCUUAGAAGAAAGAAUCAAUUGAAUGGUAAGAACCAUGAACCUAAGAAGCAUGGAGAGAUCUGUGAUGUGAACGAAGGAAAUUUGAAAAAUAAUUCAGGAAUCAUAAGAAAGUCUUCGAUUGCGGUGGUCGGGAUGCGAUCAGUCUUACGCAAUAUGCAGCAAAAUCGACUGUCAGCAGUAUUUUUUGACUCAGACAUAAUCAAGCCAUCAUCAGUUGCCACUACAUUGGGAUUGUUAUGUUUAAACUUAGGGAAACAAAAUGUUUAUGGAAUUCGUAAUCUAAGCUCAACCCUUUCUGAAGCUCUUAAUAUGCCAAGAGUUGGAGCAGUAGGAUUUAUGAGCGGUCAAGCUGAAGAACUUUGUCAAGCUGCUUUCUCUUCAUUGACUGGUGUCACCAGUUCGCAUAAUGUUCGCUUUUUGCUUUCAUAG